UGUAUUUCGAUGGAAAUCGUGCGCUGAUAACUCGUACGAAUUUGUUCAUUUGGAGCAUGUCUGAGAUUUAUCUUUUAUGAUUCAUAUUCAGUUUCCGAGUUUAUAUCUCUCAGUCUUCUAGUAUUGAAGCAGAGCAGUUAAAGUAAGCUAAGUUUAUCUGUCAACUUUCAAGAGCGACGUGCACCUGGACUGAAUGAAAGCUGGUCGACCAGACUCGGGCAAUUCACGACUCGAUGUGUGGUGAGUGGGCAGUGCAGUGUUAGUUUUUUGGUCACUUUGGUGACAACUAGCAACUGGCGAGUCAAGCUUCAACUUCAAGGCCAGAAAGCUGAAGGAUGGAACACAACAUCAUGAUGCGUCUCUCAAGGUUAAAUGGCCUGUUUGCUGUGAGGAAGCCAAUGGGAAUCACAUCAGCGAAGGUAGUGGACAGAGUGAAGGCUGCAUUGCUCAGAGAUCUCAAGAAGGUUGAGACAUCAGCAGACCUUGCAGGAGAGGAGCAGGUUUGCAGUGCUCUAGGGUGUUCAGACAAACAAAGAGUCGAUGGUCAAAGAUGGAUUAAGCUCCCCAAGAUGGGUCAUGGAGGAACUCUAGAUAUGAACGCUACAGGGGUACUUGUGAUUGGAUGCGGGAGAGGAACCAAGUUACUCUCAUCUUACCUUCAAGGAGGGAAGGUUUAUAGGGCCCAGGGAAGAUUAGGAAGAGCAACAGACACGAUGGAUGCAUCUGGAAAAGAAGUAGAAACAGCACAAUUUGAUCAUGUUACUGACUCUUUAUUGGAGAGGUGCCUGGAAAGCUUUGUUGGUGAUAUUUUUCAAGUUCCCCCUGUGUAUUCAGCCCUGAAGGUGGAUGGGGAGCGCAUGUCUGACCUAGCAGCAAGAGGAGAGGAUGUACAACCUAAACCGGCAAGGCCAGUCAAAGUCUACAGUUUACACUGCCAAGGAUUUCAACCGCCAGAUUUUGAUAUCAAAGUCCACUGUGGAGGAGGGUUCUAUGUCAGAAAACUGAUCCAUGAUGUAGGUAAAAGUCUUGGAACUUGUGCCUUCAUGACGGGGCUCUGUCGGACAGAGCAGGGCUACUUCAAGCUGGACCAGCAUGCAUUGCCAGAAGAGAAAUGGACUUUGAAGGAUAUAACAAGGGCACUUGAGGAAUUCCAUAGCAACAUGGAUACAGGCGUUAGGUGACCAAGACCAGGGACCUACUGACAGCUCUAAUAUGGCUUGAAGAGCAAAAUCCCUUUCCAAGAUGGCCAAUCUAUUCACGACAAUAAACUAGAAUGAAUAGGUGUCAUCACAUAAACAAGAGGAACACCUUAUCACUCCUGCUCUGUCUUGUGUCAAUCCAACUGUGGACCAAGGUGCUCAAUGCAGGAUUUAGGACCUACUCUCUCUCUCUCUAAGUGCCAUAUCGAUCGACUUUGAGGAUAAUG